UGACAAACAUUCCAUGGAUUUUAACGACGUCGAUCAUUUUGUUUUUGUAGUAUGUUAUACGUUUUCCUUAUCAUAUGCAAAUCUUGAUUUAUUUUGAGAAUAAUUAAAUCAUAAAAGACAUUUUACUUCUGAGAGCAUUCGGUUAAAUGGAGAGAUUUAUUUUAUAUCAAAGAAGUGACAUUCAUAAGCCUACCGGAAAGGUAAAACAGAACAAUACGCCUAGAAAGAAAGAACAAAUCAAAGGAAACAAGGAUCAGGGUGCUGAUAAUGCUACCGAGGUAUCAAAACAGAAAGACGAACUAGUCAUAAGCUGUCAGAAACUGACAGCAGACGAAGACGUAAUUACCAAGGAAACUGAUAACAAUGUGAACUGUUUAGAGCAAUAUGGCCCGCCGGCAAAGAGGAUUAAGAGAGAAGAAAUAGGUGACAUGUUAAAGGUGAUAUAUAACAAAAGGCUUGACGAUGAAGAGACUGUCCAUCUAACAAGAGCAAUGAUAAAUUCGGGGAUUACCCUGCGAUGGCCUGCGGAUUGGAUAGUUUUCGAAAAGCAUAGCACCGAUGGUGUUGGUGACAAGGUCAGCUUAGUUCUUGCGCCUGUACUAGCAGCUUGCGGACUAAAGGUAUGCAUGUUAAGGGCUGUCCGGCGUAAAGCUUAG